CCUUACCAAAACCACGUGGUCGUCAAAGAGCCCAAGGGGGAGUUGUCAUGGAAGUCAACAAGAAGUCUGGGUGAGACAUUUCCAGCUCCUCAAAUGUUGAAUGUCGCUGUCUCGUCUGCAUGAGAGUGUGCGAGGGAGACUACGUUCCGGGGUAGCUAUCACAUGUCUGGCCCAGGCUGUCACUGAGCUAGUGGACAACAGCAUUGAUGCAGGGGCCACUUGCAUAGCUGUGAGGGUGGACUUCAGCAAGUUCAAGCUGCAAGUUGUUGAUAAUGGUCGAGGGAUCAGUGAGUCAGACCUGGGAUUAAUGGGAGACCGCUAUGUGACAAGCAAAUGCCACACUCUGCAUGACUUGGACCAUAACCUGCAACACCUCGGCUACAGAGGAGAAGCAAUAGCAAGCAUCACUGAACUAUCAAGAACGGUUGAGAUUUCGUCCAGACACCAUCUCUCACAGAGUACCUACAAUAAAGUGUUUCUGAAUGGCAAAAUCGCUGAAAUUAAACUUUGUAGUACUCAAAGACCAAGUGUAGGAACUACUGUAACUUUGUCUGACUUUUUCUAUAAUAUGCCGGUCAGGAGGAAAAAUAUGGUGGAAGUAUUUGAGCUAGAGCAGGUCAAGAAAGCUGUGGAGUUCAUUGCUCUUGUUAAUCCAUCUGUGUCCUUCUCCGUUAGAAAUGAUAUCACAGGUUCUCUUAUCUUGCAAACGCACAAAACUAACUCUGUAUUGUCAAAUUUUGGUCUGUUGUUUUCCAGCAAUAAAGUGAGGAAAAUGAAGAAUGUAAACUUCAGCCGCACAAAAUACACUGUAUCUGGCUUUAUAUCGACUGAGACCCAUCACAACAACAGUUUGCAAUUUAUUUAUGUCAACCGUCGCAUUGUGAAAAAGACUCCAUUACAUACUUGUGUUAACAGCGUAUUGAACAAUUCACUGCUUACAAAAAAGCAAUCCCAAAAAGGAAAAUUGAAGGUUUCAAAGUAUACAAAGACUCUUAGUAGUCCCACAAGAAUUCUGGACAAGCAUCCAGUGUAUGUGCUCCUAAUCGAAUGCCCCAGAUCAGAGUAUGACAUUUGCCUUGAGCCUGCUAAGACUAUCGUGGAGUUUAAAAACUGGGACGAACUAAUCACCUUAUUGACAUUUAUUGCAAACAAAUUUCUGGAGGAAAAUCGUCUGUACAUUGGACUCGGAUUGAGUGCAAAAUCCCAACAUUCCAAUGCUACUACACAGUCAACUAAUUCAAAUGAAGAGAAACCAGUUUUUUCUGAGAUAGGUAGGGAUCUGGGCAGUCACAGCUAUUCAGCAUCAGAAACACAGCAUCUUUCAUUGCAAAGUAUGGCUACUCCUACAUGCACUAUAUCGACUAUACACUCCGAGCACUCUUCUGUACCAACUACUACUCCUACUUCGUUUUCACUGAGCACAUAUCAUAACAAAGCUUCCCCUAUUAUCACUAAACCUACCGUAUUGCAACAAAGUUCAUCAUUUUUAGUCUCCUACAACUCUCCAUCUCCGGAGCACUCUGGAAAUAAAAGUAUCUUCUCUCGCUUACUAUCUAAGAACUUUCCUUCAAGUCAAACUCUACCCACUUCUCUGAAGCCCACUGUAUUCUCACCACUUCAUUCAUCCACAGUCUCCUCUAAGAUAUCUAAUCUCGUAAUGGACAAAAUGUCUACGGAUAGCCACCAACAGUUUCGAUGUUCCUCAAUCCACCAUCCAAUUUACCAUUCCACACCCAGGGAGGAGCCAUCCAUUUGUCCUCUGUCAGUAACCACCUUUGAACAACACAGCUCGUUUUUGCAAUCAUCGGCUUUUGAAAGAGAACACCUUUCACCAGUACUCUGUGCCGCUUCUCUGGACCCUGGUGUGGAUUCAAAACCUAUUGAGUCAAGUGAAAUAUCGCUGUUACCUCAAGGAGAAGAUAUCGUACACUGUGAUUCAGAACCUUUAUUGAGUGACUUUGAUAGUACUGUGCCUACUAAGCCCUUGUGGAGGGAAACACUGGACCCUUUGACUGGCCGCAAGAUUUAUAUACACUCUGUCAGUGGGAACUGCUCUUACUCGAGUCCCAAGACCUCAUCUACUACAGUUGACAGUGAAGCCAAUGAUACUACUGCCAUAUCAGAGGCCAUGUUUGAAAGGAGACCAUCUCCCCAUUUAUCACAUGACUGCAACUCCUUUAUGCCCAGACCCAAGUCCCAGCGAUUGAUGGUCACUACCUCAACACAUCACCAAGUAUCGAUGAACUACAGCCCCAGUGAAGGAUCUAGAAGCCCCAACUUAAAGUGGAGGGAUUGGAAAGAGAUGGAACGUAGAGGAGAGAAAAAAACAAGGAGAACCAAUUUUGAAGCUUUGUUAAAGAAUUGGAAAAACCCAACUUUUCAACCAGGACAAGAGGAUGUGCUGGAUAUUGGUUACGGUGCUGGCACAAGGAGGCAAAUUAGAGUCCACAAUAUGAUAAACAAGUACACCUUCACCAAAGAUGUGUUUAAUGAUCUAGUGGUACUCAAUCAAAUCGACAACAAGUUCAUUGCUUGCUUAAUGAGCAAAGAGAGAAAUGGAGGCAAGAAGAACCUGCUAGUGAUGGUUGACCAGCAUGCAGCCCACGAGAGAGUCAGGCUGGAAACACUACUUGACGAUUUGUACGAGGACUCCUCCACGGGUGUUCGUUGUGUGAAGAGGUCUAUGAUCCAGCCACCACUGGUAAUGGCACUCCCUCCCUCUCUGAUAAGCAUGGCAAAGCACUUCAAGAAACACCUGGACCAAAUAGUCUCUGAAAACCAUCUACCAAGUUCUCAAGUUUGCAGCCAAGCACAAGGCUCCCCUCAAUCGCAGUGCUCUCACAUACUGGGAGGAAGACGUACCUUCAAGAAUGGACCUGGGAAAGUCGAGGUAUGGUGGACCGUUUACUACUGAAGAGGUGGAAGAUGUCAAGACAUUCUUCAAGAUUCUGAUAAUCUUUAUACCUAUCUUCAUAAUUUCAUGCUCACUUUCACCAGAUAUUUACCUGGACUUCUAUGCUACCGUUUGUAAGGCUAGACUUAAGUACUCUGUUACCUACAGUCCAGCAUGGGUCAUUAUCAUUGUGACAUUAGUACAUGAAUUUGCUAUCUAUCCUUUGAUUCGAAAUCGGUUGCCGAGUAUACUGAAGCGUAUUGGGAUUAUUUCAUUUAUCAUAUUUAUCGUAAAUUCCGUUAAGUUGGUAUUGGCUACUGCUAUUUCCUCAUACUCUACUGCUAUUUCCUCAUACUCUCUGGACCUUUCACCAUGGUCAAACAUAGCAUAUUCUGUUAUCUUUUCAGUCAUAUUUGUGUUCUUAUUGACUACCGUUCUAGAGUUUAUAUGUGCUCAAUCCCCCUACAAAAUGCGUGGCCUACUACUUGGCUAUACAAUGCUGCUUUACAUCAUCUCGAUAUAUGUUGGUAAAAUUGUUAUAUAUAUUUGUAACUCUGCGUGUGUUGGGCCAUACUGCCACAUUAUUGAGAGGUCAGUCUUCACUACUCUGAGUUUGGUUGGGUUUGUACUCCACUGCCUCAUGGCUACCGGGUACAAGAGGAGAGUGAGAGAAGAGGACUAUGAUGUACACAGAGUCGUGGAGGAGGUCUACGAUAGAUACCUCUCACAGAGACCAACCAUAUGAACUAGUGCAUGGCUUCAUUAAUUGUUUACAUACAAGUAUCACUAUAGUUAUACGCUUAAUAUAUAUAUAUUUAGUAACUAUAAUAGUCUUAAACCCACAUAUGAUGUAUAUAAUUAUGAUACUUA